UGGUGAUGCAUAUUUAAUGGUGCAAAUUUCAAAGGAACUUCUUCAUGGACUUAUAUGUGCAUCUGGAACAUGUAGGUCAAUCUAUUCUGGAAGCCAGCUAUAACGUUGAACAGACCCAUUGCCAGCAGCCUGAAAAUUUGAGGAGUUCAGACUCCAAAGUGAGAAUCAACCAACAGAUGAUCCAGUAUUAAUGUCAAAUCCUUCAAUUCAAGAUGUCAAACCUAGAGCUGUGGAGCAAACAUCUUACCCUUAAAUCCAUGAGUGUGAUCUUCAGGAAGCCUGUGAGGUGGUCACUGAUGGCAAUGGCAAUGACUGAGCUGUUGAAUCUGAUAUGAUUCAAGCAUAUCAGAGGCCAGAAAGCAGAAGAGAAACCAAGUCUACCAGAUCAGCCAUCUGAGAAAGAGGAGUCAAAGAAAAGUUGUUCAAGUUCUCGUUCUCAGGGUCCUCAAUACCAAACCACUUCCACUGAUGACAACGCCACGUUGUUCAAGAUAAACCACUGCUUCUACUGCAAGCAACCACAUUAUAAUAUGAUGGCUCAUCUUCAGUCCGUUCAUCCGAACGAGCCAAAGGUGGCCGAAGCUCUCAUCUUUGACAAGAACUCGCAGCAAAGAGACGAUCUGCUCAAGCAUCUUCAAAUUAGGGGAAAUGCCUUGCACAACACAAAUUUGGUUGAACGCAAUGUAAAUCAAUUACAGCCAUAUGGGUUGUUUGCAUCAGACUGCCCAGUUGAUGAUAGUGUUUAUUGCAUAUACUGUUUAGGGUUAUUUAACAAGAAGAGUUUUGCUACGCAUUUAGAGAAGUGCAAGGGCAAAUCUGUUGACAGUUCAGAGGAUAAUAUAUUACAAUUCAAAGAUUCUACUGUAAACGAAGAUUGCUUUGAAAUUAAGGAAAAUUCUCAAAAACCAAGCACUGGACCAGAAUUAACAGACUGGAAUCGUGAAGAAUUAAGUUACUCAGAGUGCGACAAACAAAGUUCGAAGGCUUCAACGUGGGAUACCAGCUUUUUCAGAGUUCACCCAGAAAACGAUGCUUUCAAAAAUAUAUGUGAGGAGUUCAGUCCACCGCACAGUGACCAAUCUCUGAAUAAUGACACAAGCAAGAGUAGUCCAAAAGCCCGAACAUUUGGAACGAGGAGGAAGAGGAGGAAAAAUCAGUCACAAAUCCCGAAUGAUGGCUUGCUGGGUGAAGGAGAGAUGGCCAACUCAAAAGUACAUGUCUGCCAGCACUGUAAGGCAGCUUUCAGCAGUCCGUACACGCUGCGCAGACAUGAAUACACCCAUACAGGUGAGAGGCCAUUCUGGUGCCAUCACUGUAAUGUGGGCUUUAUCCAGAAGUAUCGUCUUUUAAAGCACAUAUUUGCAUACCAUGGGGACGUACCAUCUAGCUCAGACCAAGAAAAACUGAAAAGGGCAAAGAGAAGAAUUCCUGGUGGAGAGACAUCAGUGGAGGAGGAAAUGAACCUGGAGCCUACAGCAAUAAUUCCUGAGAGGUUAGCAGAUGCUGUUAAUGAUGACACUGGGGAAAACAUUCAGACACUACAGACUACAGAGCAAGACACAGAGGCAGUAGAGUUUCACUGGGAAGCGGACGCAGGACAUGGCAAAAUCAAUGACUCUGACACAGACUGUUGGAAAUUCUUGUUUACAUCUUAGUGUUGUUUUAAAGGUUACCACAUAAUUGUUUUAUUUGAUUUGUAAAUGUAAUUUAACCAAGUUGAUAAUUUUGUCUAUAGUUCAGAUCAUAUUCUGUUUAACAACUGAGGAUGACACUAGGUUUGAAUUAAACACAAAACUUUAAGUC